AUGAAAUUGCAAGAAUCUCUUGACGAUUAUUGCAACCCAGAAACCCUUUCCACUAAUAAGGCAACUUCCUCUCUUGUUUCACCUUGCACCUCGCCUAGUAGCAGACCUCUGCAUUCUUUCGAAGCAAAAGCAGGAAAUUCAGCAUCAAGUAGUUGUGGGAUUGACUCGCCAUCCAAAGGUGAAUCACAUACUCAUACUGCGAGAUCACAGUUACACGAAAUCUGUGCCAUCAAUUGUUGGAAACCCCCUUUGUUUGAAUGCUGCAAAGAGGAAGGACCGAGCCAUUUGAGAUCAGUAAUUAUAGAAAUCGAAGAAGCCUUGGAUAUGAUCUUGGAGUGCUUCAGCAGUCCUCGGACCACAAAGAAGGCAGCCGCUGAGCAUGAAGGUGCAUUGUGGUACCUAAAACAUGAAGGGUACCUACAAUAA